CUAUAUUGGCGCAACACAAAAAUGAAAAAUUAUUUUCUUUUAUUUGAUCAACAUGAGCGACGCCACCACCAAGACGCUGUACUGCAUCCGCCACGGGGAGUCCACGUUCAACGAGUGGCGAACCCGUAGCCUCUUGAACUUCUCGUGGAUGUGGGUGCGCGAUCCCAUGAUCGUGGACGCACCACUGAGUGCCAAGGGCAAGAAGCAAGCAGUCAAACUUCACGAACUAAUCCAGUCCAAGUGCCUCGCGGAUAAAAUCCAAGUGAUCAUCACAAGCCCAUUGACUCGAGCAAUCGAGACGACAAUUGGAGCCUUCCCCGACACGAAGAUCCCCAUCAUAGUGGAACCUUUGUGUCGAGAGAUGCUGGAUACUGCGUGUGAUAUCGGCCGCGUACCAGCGGAUCUGGCGCAGCAGUUCCUGCCCCAAGCAGAUAUCGACUUUUCACAGCUGGACCCAUUCUGGUGGUUAGAAAUGGAAAAGUUCCCGCGGACAGGACCAGGCAAUGCACCUCCUGCCAGCAUUGUGGCGCCAAAGACACCGAACGAAGUGCUACCACUUCGAGAAACGCAGGAGGAAUUGGAUGCAAGGAUUCGGGAUUUUGUAGCCAAGUUGGCGGAGAGACCAGAGCAGCACAUUGCUGUGGUAGGACACUCGUCGUUUUUCAAGCGCAUGUUGGCGAUGAAUCGUAAACUACACAACUGCGAGUUGUACGAGACCUCACUCGGUGAUAUCCAGCUUCACUAUGCAGAGUAGACUAUACAGGCAAAGGCACUCGACUGUACUGCUCGUCAUAAAAGCUAUCAUGUUGUUGAUACUUACUACCUACUCGCUUUCUACGUUUCUCUUGGCGUACUAUUAUAUCAGCCUUAGCAGUCUUUAUGCUCGUUUCUUCCUCGUUUUGCUGAGAUGCAUCAGCGAAG